AUGAUAUAAGAAUUAGAAAAAUAAGAAGACACGAUUUAAAUGAAAGGAUUUUAAAAUAAAUUUAAUUUAUAACCUGAUAAAUUUUAUUAAAGAGUAUAAGAGUUGCUUAAAUAAAAAUACAAAGAUUUAUCUGAACUUAAAUUCAUUUAAGUCAAUGACUAUGGAAUAUUCUUAGAGUAUGACUCUUCUAUUUUCAGAGUGAACUUAUUUAUUGACUCGAUUACUUCUCCAAUCGAAGAGCUAAAAAAGGAGCAUUAAAGAUUCUUACAAAGCCUAAAGCUAAAUAAUUUAGAUUCUCUUUAGUCCUAAUAGUAUUUUCUUCCUCAGAAUGCUUAAUCUGAUAAUUUCGAAUUUUAUAUUUUAGAAAUGAAAGACAAAUAAAGAAUGGUUUUAAACAGGGUUGAAGGAAUGGUUAAGUAAGAUCAAAAAUGGAAAAUAGAGUAUUCAGAUUUAUAAAAUGUUUGGAAAAAAGAAAGCAAAGAUGAGCUGAAUAUCAUUUAUUAUGCUUUUAAAUAAGCAAAGCAAGAUUUUUUGCAAAAAGAUAAACUUGAAAUCAAGCUAAAGUAUUCUUUACUGUCUAUUGAGGGAGUAAACUUAUUGUUUUAUUGCAUAACUAAGCUUAGUCCUUUUUCAAGUUUAACUCUGAGAUUAAAUUAAAUUAAAUUUACAAAUGAAAUUUCUUUAUGCUUUACUAAGUAAAUGGGAGAUUUAAAUUUCUUAAGUAGACUACAUUUAAUUUUACAUGAUAAUGAUGUCAAAGAUGAGUAGAUGUGGCAUAUUGCAUAAUCUGCUCAAAAAUUAACUCAUUUAAGUAAUUUAAAGAUAGAUACAUGGGGAAAUUAAGUUAAGAGUAAUGGUUUGUAUUAUGUUGUUAACUCAGCUGCAUAAAUAAAAAAUUUAGAAAAGUUCAAGUUAAAAAUUUACUGGAAUUCAGAAAUAGAUGAUUUUGGAACUCAAUAUUUAAAAGAUGUUUUGCCGAAUUUUAUAAACCUAAAGUAUCUUCUCCUAAAUUUCUAUGAUAACUAAAUUACUGAUGGAGGUUGCAUUUUUUUAGCAUAAGGAUUAAAGAACAUGCCUCAUUUACACUAUUUAAUUCUAUAUCUAGUAGACAAUCAAAUUACUUCAAGUGUUGCAGUUUAAUAUUUAAAGAACUCUAUUUAAAAAUCAAGAAGAUUAUGUUCAUUCAUUUUAAAUUAUUGA